CAGAAUUAUCGAAAAUAUCCAUUGAGGUGGUUGACUCACGUGCAGGUUUUUGCAAAAGGGUUAUAUUAAAAGUGUUUAUUGAAUGGGAUUGAAAACAUUAAGAUCUGGUUAUUGUUGAAUAGAAAUGAGGUAUAGUUCUAGCGGCCCUCGUCUACUGGGAAAUCGAAACUAUUACAAUAUUAAACUGGGCAAAGAGGCUAACAUUAGCGUGAAAAAAGAUGAUGAUAUUUGGAACCCAUAUUGGAAACUCGUGUACUUCGUAGACGGAAUGACUUCUACACUUGACAUAUUCACCGACAAAAAUUCAGGUGAUGAAAUAUUAAACAUCGUUGUCCACGACUGUAGAUCCGGGAAAAUAGAUUCUCCAAUGGUACAUAUUAACCUAGAAGUGCAAAAAGGAAAAAAAGGUCUUCUUUACCCAAGUUAUGAAGAAUUCUCGACGACGGUAUACUACGAUGAAUCAUUGAGUGGCGGGGUAAAAACACAGAUUUACGAAUAUGAGGGCGGAACCAGGAAAGGUCUUUUGGUUACGGAGAGCAACGAAAAACAACCUUACAUGGUUACCGUAGCCCAUUAUUACGUGAAUAGUGGUAGUGGUGGAAGUGGUACAGACAUAGGUUUUUCAGUUGUGGUGAAGGUUGGAGUGGUUAAUGGAGGAUUAGAUUAUAACGUAGAUGGCCCUGUGGAACACCCUACUUCUGCAUUAGUUUACAUGAUUGAAGAAGUGGUUCGAACUGUGAAGUGGAAGCCUUCUGCAUGCCCUCAUUGCAAGAAUAUUCUAUCACAACAGCGUAGAUGGGUUUCUGACAGUGAAGACAGCGACACCAAUCUUCCAACACCACCAUCUUAUGGAGGCCAACAAAAUGCAUCAAAUAUCGGACGCUUCAAUGGCGAUGGCAUCGGCAGUAUGAUUCGAGCAAACAAUGUUAACUUUAAUAAAUGGUGGAGAUAACUUAUGCAUGGCAAAAACUCUCCUUUUAUCUUGUCUGAUUCUGCAAGUUGCUUCUGAUAGCAGCCUCGCUGAUAUCUUGUGUGAUCCUUAUAUAGUCAGUAUGUUUUUGUCUUUAAAAUAUAAUUUGCUUUUGAUUUUCA